UUUGGCUGCUUUUGCUGCCGUCUUCAGGACCCGAGGCUGAGGAUCACUCGGUGGAGCCGAGCCUAGAGAAACUGGGAAGAGCCCCAGGGGCGCGUCCACACUGCCCAGGAGUGAGUGGGUUGCGGAACCCGCUUCCGGGAUUUUCGGCUUAGGUUUCCGCCAUUAUCCUGUGCGUCUCCUGGCACCACCGCGCCCACAGGGUCCUAUGUCAACCAACGCGGUGCAGGACCCGGCCCAGAGUCCAUGGCUUUUCAUUGGCUGAGUCCUUUCCAGGAAAGAAGGAGUCUUCAUCCUUUUGGAUUCCGUUAUUGUUUCAGGUUCCCAUGGUAGCAGCAGCAUUUAUGGUCCCUGGACAGGACCAUGUGAUAUUUGAGGAUGUGGCUGUGUCCUUCUCCCAGGAGGAGUGGGGUCUCCUUAACGAUGCUCAGAGACUCCUGUACUGUGACGUGAUGCUGGAGAACCUGUCACUUAUAGCCUCCCUGGGUUGUUGGCAUGGAGUAGAAGCUGAGGAGGCCGUUUCUGAACAAUGUGUUUCUGUAGAACUCGUGACAGAAGACAGGAAUCCAAACCUGGAGCCAUCUAUCCUGAAGCCUCUGACUUCCGAUACGAGUGCCCUGGCGGAGAAGGAUGUUUUGUACUUGGCUGACAAUAUGUUCACGUGCAGAGAGGUUGAGAAGGCUUUCCUAGGCAGCUUGGGCUUUCCCCAGCACCAGCCCUCCCACGAUGGACAGCAUCCACGUAGAAGCAGGCAGAGCAGGGAAGUCUCUCACCCUGGGCAAGGGCAUCACAAGUGCAGCGAAUGUGGCAAAGCCUUCAGUAAAAAGUUUAAAUUCACAGAGCACCUGAGAGUUCACACUGGAGAAAAACCUUAUGAGUGCAGUGACUGCAGGAAGUUCUUUAGGCACAGCUCCAGUCUUAUUCAUCAUCGGAAAGUUCACACAGGAGAAAGGCCUUAUGAGUGCUGUAAUUGUGGGAAAGUCUUUGCCCACAAAUAUAAACUUUUUGAGCACCAGAGAAUCCACACUGGAAAAAGACCAUAUGAGUGUAAUGAAUGUGGGAAAGCCUUCCUUCGCAAGGAUUCACUUGUUCAGCACCAAAAAAUCCACACUGGCGAAAAUCCUUAUAAGUGCAGUGAAUGUGGAAAGUGCUUCCUUUACAAAAAUAACCUUCUUGUGCACCAGAGGAUCCACAGUGGAGAAAGGCCUUAUGGGUGUAGCAAAUGUGGAAAGUCUUUUGUCUUCAAAAAAAGGCUUCUUUAUCACCAGCGAAUCCACACUGGAGAAAGGCCUUACAUGUGCAGUGAAUGUGGGAAAGCCUAUGUCUACAAAGGAAGUCUUAUUGUACAUAAGAGAAUUCACACUUUAGAAAAGGCUUAUAGGUGUAACAAAUGUGGGAAAUUCUUUACAAGCAGUUUUGCCCUCAAUAGACAUGAGAAUGUUCACACUGCACGAAGGCGUUAUGAGUGCAGCGAAUGUGGGAAAGCUCUCAAUGGCAAAGUUAAACUUGCUGAGCACCAGAGAAUCCAUACUGGAGAAAGACCCUAUAAGUGUAAUGAAUGUGAGAAAGCCUUCAUGCGCAAGUAUACACUUGUUCAGCACCAAAAAGUCCACACUGGAGUAAAGCCUUUUAAAUGCAGCGAAUGUGGGAAGCCCUUCACUUACAAAACAAGUCUUGUUGUCCACCAGAGAAUCCACACUGGAGAAAGGCCUUAUAUGUGCAGUGAAUGUGGGGAAGUCUUUGUCUACAGAAGAAGUCUUGUUGUCCAUCAGAGAAUCCACGCUAGAGAAAAGCCUUAUGAAUGUAGUUCUUUGUAGGCAGCUCCAAGCUCAUAAAAAACAAGAAAGUUCACACUGGGGCAAUGCCUUCUGGACUUAUGCUUUCCUUCAUUUGAGUUACUAUCUAGCAGCACAAUUCCUAUGCAGUAGAGUAGGUGAAUGUAUACCUUAUAUGUGGCCAGUCAAACUUUUCUAAAAUGGUAGUAUCUUUUUAUAGUCUCACGAGAAGCAGCAGAACAUGAGUUCCUGUUUUUUACAUUUUUACCAACACUUGGUAUGUUCAGGCUUUCUAAUUUCAGUGAUGUCAUAGGUGUAUCUAGUGAUUUUAACUAACAUUUCCCUGUUGACACAAUGUGAGUGGUUUUCCAUGUGUUAAUUUCCAACCAUUUUUUAAAUAAUUUUUAUUGGAGUAUAGUUAAUUUACAAUGUGUUUUUCAUUACAUAUGUUAAUUAGAAUUAUUCACCUUUAAAACCUUAGUUUCUAGUGAAAACUAAGAAGCAAGCAAUUUUGAACUAUCUUUUACAUUAGCAUUCUGUAAGUUGGCAAACUUAUAAAUACUAUUUAUAAUUUCUUUAAAAAAGUACUUUCUUAUAGAAAAUGUCUCCUGUGGCACCAAACAUAUAUUUUUUUAAAUUUAUUUUUGGCUGCGUUUGGUCUUCAUUGCUGCGCAUGGGCUUUCUCUACUUGUGGCAAGUAGGGGCUACUUUUCGCUGGGGUACGUGAGAUUCUCAUUGUGGUGGCUUCUCAUUGCGGAGCACAGGCUCUAGGUGCGUGAGCUUCAGUAGUUGCAGCAUGCGGGCUCAGUAGUUGUGGCACGUGGGCCCUGGGAUGCAUGGGCUUCAGUAGUUGUGACGCACAGGCUUAGUUGCUCCGCGGCAUGUGGGAUGUUCCCAGACCAGGGAUCGAACCUGUGUCCCCUGCAUUGGCAGGCGGAUUCUUAACCAUUGCGCCACCAGGAAAGUCCCUGGCCAAACAUAUUUAUUAAUAGUCCUGAAUAUCUUUAAUUUCCCUGUAGAAGGAAGCCUAUGUUCAGUAAUUAAUUUCCCAGUGUCUUAUCUGGGAAUGAUCUAGAUAUUCAAUAAACUUCCAUCAUUUAACUUAACUUAGCAAAACUCAAAAGUUUCAAGUUACCAAAAUCUGGAGAGACUUUUUUCUUUUUUUAAAUUGAUAUAUUUUAUUUAUUUAGUUUUGGCUGUGUUGGGUCUUCGUUGCUGCGCACAGACUUUCUCUAGUUGUGGCAAGCGGGGCUAUUCUUUGCUGCGGUGUGCAGGCUUCUCAUUACAGUGGCUUCUCUUGUUGCGGAGCUUGGGCUGUAGGUGCGCGGGCUUCAGCAGUUGUGGCUCACGGGCUUAGUUGCUCUGCGGCAUGUGGGAUCUUCCCAGACGAGGGCUCAAACCCGUGUCCCCUGCCUUGGCAGGCGGAUUCUUAACCACUGCACCACCAGGGAAGCUCUUUUUUUUUGUUGUUGUUGUUUUUUGUGUUUUAUUGUGGUACGCGGGCCUCUCACUGUUGUGGCCUCUCCCGUUGCGGAGCACAGGCUCUGGACGCGCAGGCCCAGCAGCCACGACUCACGGGCCCAGCCGCUCCGCGGCAUGUGGGAUCUUCCCGGACCGGGGCACGAACCCGUGUCCCCUGCAUCGGCAGGCGGAUUCUCAACCACUGCACCACCAGGGAAGCCCUCUUUUUUUUUUUUAAUUGAAAUAUAGUUGAUUUACAAUAUUGUGUUAGUUUCAGGUAUACAGCAAAGUGAUUCAGUUACAUAUAUAUAAUUUUUUCAGAUUCUUUUCUAUUAUAGCUUAUUACAAGAUACUGAAUAUAGUUCCCUGUGCUAUACAAUAAAUCUUUGUUGUUUAUCUAUAUUAGUGUGUAUCUGUUAAUGCCAUACUCCUAAUUUCUCCCUCUCCCCCCAUCGCCUUUGGCAACCAUAAGUUUGUUUUCUAUGUCUGUGAAUCUGUUUCUGUUUUGUAAA